UCUAUUUUAGCUCCUUGGGUCUGCGCGUUGGCUCUGCGCGUUUGGGUUCCCUAGCAAUCGGUGACCAACGCGCGCCUGCCUUUCAGUUGCCGGGGGCGGAGGGAUCUUUUUUAGCAACAAAUAUUUUGCCUCCUACGGCUAAAACGUGGGUGGAGGGUCGGGCUACUUGGCACUCAUUUGAGACCCUCCAUUUCUUUAUGAUCUCAGGGUUGCGCGCUAGCUUUGCGGGAAGGAUCUUUCGCAGGACUCGGUGGAAAGGACUGACGCAUGUCCCAAGCGAGAAAACCUCUUCCUUCUGAGCCCGAUGGGCCAGAGCGCGCCACUUCAGCGGAAAGCAGCUGCCGGACUUCCCUCCCUUGCGAAAACAAGGAUGAAGACAAAACAGCUAUAGGAGUGAUAAGAGGACCAGAACAUGUGCUUAAUCAAAACAUAAAAGCAGAUACACAAGGCCAGCCCAUCUGGAGAAAUGGCAGUGAUUAUAAUAUCAUCAGAACACAACCUCAGCGUUUGCCUCAGCCAAAUGCUUUGCCGCUUGACAAGUAUAAGGAAGGAACCAGCAAAAAACAAAAUAGCCCAAGAAGUCUGAAUAGUGAAAGUGGAUUUUGCAGUGGAGUCAAAGUUGAUGCACCAGAUAACCGAAUAUUUUCUGCACCUGUUUCCCAAAAGAUACACAGAAAAAUUCAGUCCAGCCUGUCAGUCAAUAUUGAUAGCAGUAAGAAAAGCCCUGCUUGUUCUCAUAAACCAGGUCCUUCUCCUGAAGGAAUGGCAAUUCCUGUAUUCCCAAUUGUCAUCGUUAACUGAAUCCCACUGUUGUUAGGCAAAGCAAGUUCUUGCUGGCUUUCCACAACCAAAGUUAAUGAGGAAUCUGGCAGGAAGUUGCAAG